AUGCCACACGCAAACAGAUAUGCUACGAAAGAGGACAGUGUCCGCUACAUUGGCUGGCGCCGCCAGGGGAUGGUCAACUACAGCUUUGGUCUAGAUGAUAAUGGAGUGCUGUUUGAUUCUCCUCGGCUCGCCCAACACGUCGACUUGAAGACUGGCAAGAAGCUGGGCGAGGCUUUCAGGGCUUGGGGCACAGACUACAACGGAAACAAGAAGCACAAUGACUUUCAUCGCCCGGGCAGGUUCUCCACCACGUAUUCUUCCGACUCAUUUUUCGAACUCGAAGAUUGCAAGCGGUAA